UGGUAAUCAUAACCAUAUAUGUCACAACACAAACAUCUAUAAAUAAACGUUAUGAAUGAGUGUAAUAUGACCAUAUAUGAAGAAAGCGUAAUCAAAUAACGUGCGAGGGGUACCGAAUGGAGAAACAAGAAAAAAACAUCGUUGGAAUAAUCUCCCCUUUUGAUUGCACACGAGCUUUCAAACGGUUGAGAUCCGGUAUUGUAUACGUUUGUGACAUUGUUUUGAGAUCAAGAAGUCAUUUCGGCGCUUAUAUAUUUCAGUUUUGUUUUUGAACUUGCAAUAGCUAUCUUUUAAUUGUGAUUUGGUGUAUUUCGACGUUGUAAAGUGUAUAAUUCAAAGUGGCAUUCAUUUUCGCGACCAAGUCCUAGUAACUCGGUGUGGGUGAACGAAGGAUUUGUGUUUACUUUUCAUCUUAAGUUCAACUGUGCGUUUUAUUACCCAUUUUGUGAUCUAUUAAAAACCCGUGCUUCGCGCAUUUGGACACUCACAGUGUGUUUUACACUAGUGCAAUAAUUGACGCUUUUGAUGUGUUUAUAGUGACUGUGUGAUAUUUGCAUUGAAUGAACACUUACCAGUGGAUUGCAAUUUUGAGUGACACUUUAAUACUAAUUAUUAAAAAACAGGUGCUUCGCGCAUUUGGACACAUUCAGUGUGUUACACACUAGUGCAAUAAUUGACACUUUUGACAUGUUCAUAGUGAUAUUUGCACUGAACACUGACCAGUGUAUUGCAAUUUUGACACUUAUUGAUUAUUGAAAACUAGUGCUUUUUAACUUGUGUGACCUUUAUUUUUAUUAAAGCGUGAUUGAUCUGUUUUGUUUAUAUUCUUUUUGUGUAGUUAGAUACCCAUAAGACAAGUUUAGUCGUCCUUAUUAGUCUUGUUGCAAUAGUAUUGUUAAGGUAGUAUUUGGGUUGUUAAGACUUGUCUUUUUAUAAUUAGUAGAUUUAUUACGCAGGCUCUUUUGAACAGGAUGCAGUGUUGUGUCAGGAAGCAUUUUCCUUUUAUUUUUUCAGGUGCCCAAGACAGGAGAAAAGUGAACCGUAUGGCUGGGGACUCCAAUGCUCAUCGGAUUAAGGAUAUUCUUCCUGAUGAUAUAGCUGUCAAAUGCCUGCCAAUCUCUGAUGAGAAUAUGUAAUGACAAUGGUAUAGAACAGUAAUUACAGUUUCAGACAUUCGCCAACUCUGUUUUCAAAGGUGCCAAAUUUUCUUGUGAUCGUUUUCGCCAUGCAUUGUUGAGAGACUUGCGGAAGAUGGAUGUUCAACAGCUGUAUCUUCAUCUAGGCUCAAAUGACAUUCUUACGAAUGAAGCGGUGUUUUACCGAGAUGUAGCUGACUUGUGCGUUUUGGUGCAUCAGGAGGCGCACAAUCGGUGUCCAGAAUGCAGGGUUGUUUGCUCCAACGAAGACGCUUUGCUGAGCCACUUCUGCAGUCGCCACAUCAAGCAACCAGAGACUGGAAAAGAGAGUAAAAUUAAGCUGAUAGGCUCACCAAUGAUUGCAUCUGCUAAUCAUGAACUCAACGAAGUCAGCUCAAGGAAGUGGAAGGCAUGCUUGGAAAAUAGAAGUUUCCAUUAUGAAGGAACAUACAAACAUUUCCCGCCCACCAUGUGGAUCAAGAUGUUUGGGCUGAUGAUUCUGGGUCGUAUGUGUGGACAAGGUGGUCCUCAUUACAUCAUGAUGCAGCUGUGUAUUCAACAACAUGUUAACCUGUCCCAGCGAAUGUUGAUGCUCUUAAAUGAUGUUGAGAACAAUCCAGGACCGGAGUAUUCGUGCAAAUGGAUAUCCUGCAAGGAAGACUUCCACUCCAUAGGACAGCAAGAUGCACAUAUCAUCUCUCAUGUGGUUCAAGAGAAAUGCUGUAGAUGGGGAGACUGUACCAAAGUCCUGAGCUUUAAUAUUCUUGAAAUCCAUGAACUUAAACAUCUCUAUGAUGUGAGUUUAGCACUGUGUAUGAACUGGUGUUGCUUCAUUUUCUGCAUAUCUUUAUCUCAGUCUUCUCUAGUUUUGAUGGUCAAAUACAUAUUGUCUGCCAGUUCAUCGUUUGCUUGCAUCAAGAGUUUUAAAAGAAAUUAAAACUCAUUUGUUUAGUUAGAAUCUUAUGAAAGACUUAAAUGGCCAUGUUUAAUACAAUUGUAUAACAACAUAUACGAGCUAAAAAAAUAGUUGGAAUAAUUAAUGUAUAUAUGAACAUAACAAAUUUACUUAAAAUCAUAGGUCUUGUUUUUGUCUGCCACUAUAAGAACCAGAACAUAUUUCGGACAUUCGAGGAUUGACUUGCUGUGUUAGAGGAUCAUCAGGUGAUGGAAGAAACCAGGCUUUUUUCGACUCAAUGUUGAUGAAACCUGAUCGACAUGCUCAUCUUGGUUGAGUAAGCCUGGGUUGAGUGUGUCCAAAAAGUAGGUAACCUGGUGAAAUCUUAGGAAAACAUUGUAACCAGAUCCAGGUUUAUUUGACUGGCAGACCGAUGGACAGUGGGUCAACCGUAAAUCCCUUCAUGUGAAAACGGUAGGGACAAAAUAAAUAUCACAUUGCUCUUCUGAGUUCAUUUGUAAACCAAGUUUUAUCACAAAAUUAAAAUGGUCAAUGUAUUAUUUUGUGUAUUUAAAAAUUAUGUGAAUAUUAAGUUUCAUGAAAUCUGACUGAGUUUUCUUAAUUUUAGCUACUAUUCGGACAUGGACUGACGGACAAAUGGGCAACAAUGUCGCAAUUUGUAUACCAAGUUUUAUAAGAAUUGUUUCAUAAAAGUAACCAAUGUGUCUGUUCUAUGUCAAGGUAACUACUAGGAUGAAAUACACAAAAAGAUUUUGGUUCACAAUAGGGUAGGCUCCGCGUGCCGUGAACCGGGCAACAGCUUUUGUCAUUUAACAUUUGUGUUUUAAUGGCAUAAGCUGGCAGAUACCCUUUAACUUUAACGAUGUUUUCCGAUAAUUUCUCAGAAAAUACAAUCUAGCAAUUUUGAUUUAAUUUAGAUUACUAAAAAUUAAUAUUAUAUUUAUGCCCCCCUUGGAAGAAGAGGGGUAUAUUGUUUUGCACAUGUCAGUUGGUUGGUCCACCAGAUGGUUUCCUGAUGAUAACUCAAGAACGCUUUGGCCUAGGAUCAUGAAACUUCAUAGGUUUAUUGAUCUCGAAAUAGUAAAAUGGUUUCCGGAUGAUAACUCAAGAACGCUUACGCCUAGGAUCAUGAAACUUCAUAGGUACAUUGAUGAUGACUCGCAGAUGACCUCUAUUGAUUUUCAGGUCACUAAGUCAAAAGUCAAGGUCACAGUGACUCGAAAUAGAAAAAUGGUUUCCGGAUGAUAACUCAUAAAUGCUUAUGCCUAGGAUCAUAAAAUAAAAAAAUCAUAGGUACAUUGAUAAUGACUGGCAGAUGACCCCCUUCAUAGGUACAUUGAUAAUGACUGGCAGAAGACCCCUAUUGAUUUUCAGGUCACUAGGUCAAAGAUUAAGGUCAUAGUGACUCAAAACAGUUUAAUGGUUUCCUGUUGAUAGCUCAAGAAUACUUAGGUCUAUGAUCAUGAAACUUCUCAAGUACAUUGAUCAUGACUGGCAGAUGACCCCUAUUGAUUUUCAGGUCACUAGGUCAAAAGUCAAGUUCACAGUGACAAAAACGUAUUCACAAUGGCUGCCACUACAACUGACAGCCCAUAGGGGGGCAUGCAUGUUUUACAAACAGCCCUUGUUCUGUGUUAAAAUUAUGUACACGUCUGCGUUAAAUAAAUAUGUUCACAUUUGAAAUAAAGCUAAAAAUCUG